ACAUUCAAACGCUUUCUCUCUCAUCCACCUCCUAUCCUAUCUAGGGUUUUCAGCAAAAGCACAGGUGGGAUCCCACACACCAGAUCUUAGUCCAAAGAUUUAGAUUAUUCACUCAAUUAUUAAACUCGAUAAUUGAGCUUUCAAUCACUAAAAUCAGCCAACUCCAUGGCGGAAGAGCAAUCUUCGUCGUCGGCGAGCAACGCUACUGGUACGGCGGCGCCACUAGGACAAUCAGUCAUACCAAUAGUGAAUAAACUGCAAGACAUCUUCUCGCAGCUCGGAAGCCAGUCAACGAUCGAGCUUCCGCAGGUGGCUGUGGUGGGAAGCCAGAGCAGCGGCAAAUCCAGUGUGUUGGAGGCGCUUGUUGGACGCGAUUUCCUUCCACGUGGCAAUGAUAUCUGCACGCGCCGACCGCUAGUGCUGCAGCUGGUGCAUAACAAAAGUAAAGGCGACGGAACUGAAGACGAGUGGGGGGAGUUUUUGCAUUUGAAUGGGAGGAAGUUCUUUGAUUUCAAUGAUAUCCGGAAGGAGAUUCAGGCUGAAACUGAUAGAGAAGCUGGGGGAAACAAAGGUGUGUCGGACAAACAGAUCCGUUUAAAGAUUUUCUCCCCCAAUGUUCUAGACAUUGCACUUGUGGAUCUACCAGGCUUAACUAAAGUUCCUGUUGGCGAUCAGCCAUCAGAUAUUGAAGCUCGCAUUAGAACAAUGAUAAUGUCAUAUAUCAAGCGUCCAAGUUGCUUGAUACUGGCUGUAACACCAGCAAAUUCUGAUCUGGCAAACUCAGAUGCACUUCAAAUGGCUGGAAUGGCUGACCCUGAUGGUUAUAGAACAAUUGGUGUAAUUACUAAGUUGGACAUUAUGGACAGGGGGACUGAUGCUCGCAACUUUUUACUUGGAAAAGUUAUUCCACUUCGCCUUGGUUAUGUAGGCGUUGUUAAUCGUAGUCAAGAGGAUAUUCUGUUAAAUCGGAGCAUCAAGGAUGCACUUGUAGCAGAAGAGAAAUUCUUUCGCAGUCGCGUGUACAGUGAUCUUGCUGAUCGUUGUGGGGUACCUCAGUUGGCCAAGAAGUUAAACCAGAUUCUUGUUCAACAUAUUAAGACCGUUCUUCCAGGAUUGAAAACCCGCAUUAGUGCAGCGCUGGUCUCUGUUGCAAAAGAGCAUGCUAGCUAUGGAGAAAUUACUGAAUCAAAGGCUGGUCAGGGAGCAUUGCUGCUGAACAUUCUUUCCAAGUACUCAGAGGCAUUCUCCUCCAUGAUUGAAGGAAAAAAUGAAGAGAUGUCAACUUCUGAGUUGUCUGGUGGAGCAAGAAUCCAUUACAUUUUCCAACAUAUAUUUGUUAAAAGCUUGGAGCAAGUAGAUCCUUGUGAGGAUUUAACUGAUGAUGACAUCCGUACUGCCAUCCAAAAUGCAACUGGUCCCAGGUCUGCAUUGUUUGUACCGGAAGUUCCAUUUGAGGUUCUUGUUAGAAGACAAAUAGCUCGCUUGUUGGAUCCAAGUCUUCAAUGUGCCAGAUUUAUAUAUGACGAGUUAAUGAAGAUGAGCCAUCGUUGUAUGGUUAAUGAAUUGCAACGGUUUCCUGUCCUACGGAAGCGCAUGGAUGAGGUUAUUGGUAAUUUUUUGCGAGAAGGUCUUGAGCCUUCAGAGACAAUGAUUGGUCAUAUAAUUGAAAUGGAGAUGGAUUAUAUAAAUACUUCCCAUCCAAAUUUUGUCGGCGGGAGUAAAGCUGUAGAAAUAGCAAUGCAACAGACCAAAACAUCCAGGAUUGCAGCUCCAGUUUCAAGGCAGAAGGAUGCAGUAGAUUCAGAUAAAGCUCCAAACUCAGAGAAAAAUCUUAAGUCUCGUGCUAUUCUUGGUCGGCAAGCGAAUGGAACUGUCCCAGAGCAGGGUGCUCGGCCUGUUGCAGAAUUAGAGAAAAAUUCCUCAUCAGGUAACAAUGUCGGCUCAUCUUGGGGAAUAUCUUCAAUAUUUAGCAGCCAUGAUAGUCGUACCACCACAAAAGAAAAUCCAACCAGCAAACCAUUCAGUGAACCUAUACAGACCAUGGAACAGGGCAUCUCAAUGAUUCAUUUGAGAGAGCCCCCUAGUGUAUUGAGGCCCUUGGAAACCCACUCAGAACAAGAGGCUGUUGAGAUUGCUAUUACAAAGCUGUUACUGAGAUCAUAUUAUGAUAUCGUACGGAAGAACAUCGAGGAUUCUGUACCGAAGGCUAUUAUGCAUUUUUUGGUUCACCAUGCAAAAAGAGAGCUUCAUAACGUUUUUAUCAAAAAACUUUACCGAGACAACUUGUUUGAAGAAAUGUUACAGGAACCAGAUGAGGUGGCCACAAAGAGGAAGCGUACCCGAGAGACACUUCGGGUCCUGCAGCAAGCAUUCCGAACAUUGGAUGAACUGCCACUUGAAGCUGAAACAGUUGAGAGGGGUUACAGCCUAAGUAAUGAUCCAACAGGUAUUCCAAGGAUCCAUGGGCUUCCAACCUCAUCUAUAUACAACGCCAGCAGUGGUUCCGCCGAGUUAUACGGUGCAUCGCCAAAAAACUCCAAGUCACGCAGGUCAUCGAAUUCUGGUGAGCUGCACUCACCUUAUUAUCCAGAAACCAAUGGUAGUGGACGCAGUUCGAUGGCCGGUCUUUAUCCAACACUCGAUUUUUAGGUUCUUGAGGAAUGCUGCAAAACCAACAUGUGUCAUUAAGUGACUUGCUAUGCGAUAAUCACGGGCGAUACGUGUUCUCUGGAUCAGUUCUGUGGAGUCGGUAUUCAUUACGUUCAAUUAAGAAUAACUAAAUUGACCACUUAUAUUUUUUGAUAUCCCUCCUAUUAUACAAGUGACGGUUGUAGGCAUACAAGUAUUUGCUUUUUACAUAAAGCUUCUAAUAAAAAAAGGAGGUGCUGCUAUAGCGAGUACAUGGAGCUGUUUGGUGGACUCUAGUCCAACAGUGGUAACCUUUCUUUCUAGAACAAGGGUUGGUUGCAAAAUGCUAUUUUUCUGAUAAUAUUUGACAACUUUCAAACAACACCCUGUAUAGUACUCCCUGAGUCUUUGUAAUUUCAUACUAGUCAUUCGUUUGUUUGUAAUUUUUUUGGUUA